AUGCGCGCGGGAAAGAGCCGGGAGGGCGUGUGCGGAGGGCGUGUGCGGAGGGCGUGGGCCCCGCAGACGUGGCAGCUCGGAGUAGGGGUGCCAGGGCAGCGAGCACUGCUUUACCCAGCUGCCAUCCAGCCUCAAAGGAGCCCUGUGGAAGUCCUGGACGAUGCACCAGGUCACCAUGCCUGGCCUUCUCCAGCUGUGAAUGGCUCACUGGGACAGGAGCCCCAGAAGCAGCUGCCCGAGGUGCUAGGUGGGGUCUGGGAGCCCCCUCCUGAGGACGGGCUGCCGCUGCUCACCGUCAUCAUCGCUGCCUUCGUCCUGCUGGCGGUCUGUAUCGUGGUGGCAGUCCACAUCGGGCCAAAGCUGCACCAAGGCCGUGCCACUCUUCCUACAGAGCCACCAGCCUCAAAGGCGAAGGAUGGCAUCGAUCUCAUCCACUGGCGGCUCCUGGGCCCCCAGGACACUCAGAAAGAAGUCCAGCAAAGCCCUCCCGUCCCUGGCUCUGACCCUGCACCAGGGCCCAGGCCCAGCAUCGGGGAAGACACAUAUCUGUAG